AUGGUUCCUGGAUGGAAGGAAGAUUAUCAGAUCAAAUCAGCGCCUGAGAGUGUCUCUGAUCUAUUAACCAAGUACAGCCACUUCAUUUCCUUAGCUCAUCCUUAUUCAGCUGAAAGUGUGGCAUUGGCAUUUAUGGAACAUGUCUAUAAGUUACAUGGGUUGCCCAAAGACAUUGUAACUGACAGAGAUAAGUCAGAUGGCCAAGUUGAGAGGGUCAAUAAAUGCUUAGAGACUUAUUUGAGAAACAUGGUGUUCAGCAAGCCAAAAACUUGGGCUAAGUGGCUACACUUGGCUGAAUAUUGGCUCUUUAUGGUUAUAAGCCACCUAUAUAUGCUAACUCUGGGAAUGGGAACAAUAGUUGGAGAAGAUGAGUGGGUUGCUGAAAUAGAGGCCUUGCUAGCAGUGCUUAAAGACAACUUGAGUUUGGCCCAACAUAGGAUGAAGCAACAUGCAGAUAAGAGAAGAAGUGAGAGAGUUCUACAAGUGGGAGAUUGGGUGUAUUUGAAAGUUCGGCCUUACAGACAGAUCUCAGUAGCUAUUCCAGGAAUGAUGGAGAGUGCAAAGAAGAAACGUCAAGACCACGGCUUGCUGGAUGUAGUGUUUUCUUGGUCUUUAGAAGACGUGACAAACAAAAACUUGUACAGAGACAAGGUUAAGGAAAUCCCGGAUACCUUCUUGUCCACGCAUCAUUACUUCACCUCAUUCAUCUAUCCUCUUCUAGAAGAAACCCGUGCUGAUCUCUACUCAAACAUGACAAAUUCACUCCGCAAUGCCCCGGCUUGUGAGGUCUUAGACAUGAAAAUGGCUAAGCAUUUCAAACCUCCUAAAGAUUUCUACUACAACAUUCUGUUGAAGACAACUAGGGAGAGUGAUGGUGGCAGUAAACAAGUAUAUGAACCAGAGGUUUGGGAUUUAAUCGCCUUCUCUGAUGUAAUGCCCAAGUGCAUUGAGGAUCUGAACCGACCAAAUAUAUCCUAUUAUGAAUCAUUAGCGGAGCGAUUAGAGUUUUGUAUGACAACCUUGUACACACAUUUGCCUACUUCACACCUCCCUUUGGGAAUAGUGGAAAAGAUGGUUAGAGCACAUAACAUGCUCCAGACUCUAGGAGCAUUGAAUAUUCACUUUGAUUCAUGGCAGGCAACAAAAUCAGAAUGUGUUGUGAUCUUGAAACUUCUUCGUGGCAGCUUUACUCUCCCAAAACAUUCUAAAAUUCGAAGCUUUUGCUUGAAUAAAACAAUCUUGAUUUUUUCUACUGCCUCGAGUUCAUUCAAAUUGCACACUGAAAGGAUAACACCAAUAGAGGUGUUGGUAAUUGAUGAAGCUGCUCAGCUUAAAGAAUGUGAAUCCACUAUUCCCUUGCAGCUACCCGGUCUUUGCCAUGUUAUACUAAUUGGAGAUGAGAAACAAUUGCCAGCAAUGGUUCAGAGCAAGAUUUGCGAGAAGGCUGAUUUCGGGAGGAGCUUGUUUGAGAGGCUGGUUAAAUUAGGACACAAAAAGCACCUCCUCAACAUCCAAUACAGAAUGCAUCCCUCUAUUAGUUUGUUCCCAAAUAGACGGUUCUAUAAAGGGAAGGUCAUGAAUGGUCCUAAUGUCACAAAUUUAAGGUAUGAGAAGCGAUUUCUUGAAGGAAACAUGUUUGGUCCGUUUUCUUUCAUCAACAUAAGAAAAGGAAAAGAAGAGCUUGAUUGCAAACAUAGUAGUAAAAACAUGGCAGAAGCUUCUGUGGUAGCUGAGAUUGUUGCUAUGCUCUAUAAAGAAUCCCUAUCUUCGAAACAAAGACUUUGUGUUGGUUGCAUAUCACCAUACAAAGCUCAGGUCUUUGCAAUCCAAGAAAAGCUUGGCAAGAAAUACAGCACAGAUAUGGACAGUGACUUCUCUGUGAAUGUACGAUCUGUUGAUGGCUUUCAAGACGGGGAAGAGGACGUGAUCAUCAUAUCUACAGUGCGAUGUAAUGGAAGGGGAUUGGUAGGCUUCUUGUCCAACUUUCAGCGAACAAAUGUGGCUCUCACUCGAGCUAGAUACUGCCUUUGGGUAUUAGGCAACAGUGAGACCUUGAUCGGUAGUGGUUCAGUUUGGAGGGACUUAGUAAUGAAUUCUAAGGCGCGCGGUUGCUACUACGAUGCCUGCAGUGACAAGAACCUGGAACAAGCAAUUGCAGAUUCAUCUGAUGACUUAACAACUAAUCUUUCUGCAUUGAGCCUUAGGGAUGAAUCUGGAUUUUCUUCCGAAUCCUUUUUGAAAUGGGAGGACCUUCUGAAUCAGAGCUUGGGUUUCACAUAAACGAGGAUGGGUCUGAGGAAGUAACGAGCAGAUCGAACAAGUUCAAAUUGAUGAGAAUGAAGACAGGCCG